AUGGUGAUGUUGGCGUUGCAGUGGGGCGGUGAUGAAUAUUCCUGGAACUCGGCGACCGUGGUCGGACUUUUUGUCGGCUUUGCCGUGACGAUGACAAUCUUCAUCUGCUGGGAGUGCUACAUGGGCGAUAAGGCUAUGGUCCCCAUUGUACUUCUGUGGGGCAGGUCCACAAUGCUUAGUCUUGCAUUUGCCUUUUUGUUUCUGGGUUCAUUCGUCAUUCCGGUCUACUAUCUACCCGAAUGGUUUCAGAUCGUCAAGUCAGCAAGCCCUAUCCGCAGCGGAGUCAUGCUUCUACCUUCGGUAUGCACUCAGGUUUUUGGUUCUCUUGUCUGCGGGAUCUCAGCCAAGCACCUCAGAUAUUACAAUCCGUGGCUCCUGGUGGGCUCUGUCUUUCUCUGCAUCGCCAACGGUCUAUAUACGACACUCACUGCAUCCUCAUCAUCUGCAUCUUGGAUUGGUUAUCAGAUCUUUCAGGGCCUGGGAUGUGGAUUUGCAGCCCAGAUUCCCUUGCUUACAGUUCAGCUUGUAUUGAAGGACAUACCGCGGUACAUUCCAGUUGGAAUAGCGACUGUCCUCUUCACGCAAUACUUUGGAAGUGCAGUAAUGCAAAGCAUAGGAGGCGCUAUCUUCCAGAACGAGCUGAAGAAGCAGCUACAAGUUCAAGCAUCGUUGGAUAAUAAGCAGAUUGAGAUACUUCUGAAUGCUGGAACCCUAAAGGUGCGGGAAGCUGCUGCGCAAGCAUUUCCGGACCGCUUGGUCGAUAUCAUCAAUGCAUACAAUGAAGCCAUCACGACUAUCUUUUAUCUUCCAAUAGCUGGUAGCGCUCUGGCAUUCAUUCUGGCCGGUGGUAUUUCAUGGCUCAAUACUCGCUCGACUCCGAAAGAUGAUGUAGACUGUACAGAGGAAGCGGAUCAACUCCAGUCUGACAAGAAUGCCAAUGUGUGA